GUUCAUCCUUGCCCCGUGCGCUCAUCUCGGAUGGAUCCGUCGGGCCCUCUGGACUUCGGAAGUGUGCUCCUAGCGGAAGGGGCGAAGUGCCUGUACCAGGAUCCAAGCGUAGGAGGCUCCAAGGCGCAUGCGAGGAGUGUAGGAGACGCAAAGCACAACAUUUCUGUUGAAGGAGGAGAUCUGAUACGACUUGUCGAGCUCAGGCAACAGAAUGACUAUGCCCGGGCAUGUUUGUUCGAACUGCAUCUCGUUCAACAUUUUUCCUCGAAGAAUAAGAACUCCAAUCUACCCUCCAUGUCACCACAGUCUCCACCAAGUUCCACCUCGACCAAAGCCUCUCCUUUCCCCAAGACGGCGGCAGAUCACGUCGACGCCAUCCUCACCCAAUCUACCGCUUACAUUCCCACUGACCAACUGCGCGCGAUUCUUCUCGACGUGGCACGAUACUGUCGUCAAGUGGAGGAUAACUCACCGUCCGACUCCCAGACCGCGUCCAGCCCUGCUUCGGACACCAAGCCGAGCCGAGCGCCGUCGCCAGAUCGGGUCAUGCUUCUGACGGACUCGUUCCUGGGCAUGUCGCUAUUCAAUCCGACGCGGACACGCUACUUCGGGCGGUCGAGUGUCACGUUCCUCGUGUCGAGGGCGGCGCAGAUGAGGAUGGCGCAUGAGAGCGGGGGCUCGAAAUCAGAGAUGCGUCCGGUGCGGAGGCCGCAGUUCGUGCACAGUCCCUGGGAGAGCACGUACCCAGAACCGCCUCCGGUGUAUUCAUUUCCUCCUGCCGACCUUCUGCAUGACCUCGUCACGAUCUUUUUCGAGAAACUCAACAUCGUGUUCUUCUUGUUGCACCGACCGUCUUUCGAGCGCUCGGUUGCAUCGGGACUGCAUCUUCUCGACCACUCUUUCGGAGGGCUGCUUCUAGCUGUCAUUGCCCUGGCUUCCAAAUUCUCCGACGACCCGCGUGUCAUCUACCCAGGGACGAACACGAGACUGAGCUCCGGGUGGCAGUGGUUCCAGCAGAUUCGGUACGGGGACAAUAAUGAUUUCUACUACGGAAUGGGACUGCACGACGUACAACGUACUCUGCUUACUAUUGCUUACCUCCAAGGCUCCAACUCCCCCUCGCCUUGCUGGAUCCUGACCGGCGUCGUCGUCCGGAGCCUGCAAGACAUCGGAAUCCAUAUGCUGCGCGUGCCGCUGGCCGAGAUGUCAACCGAAGUCGAGCUGUGGAAGCGCGCUUACUGGAUGGCCAUCGCCAGCGACACCCUCAGCAGUGCCUUCCUAGGUCGUCCCAGAGCGACGAGGGACGAAGAUUACGAGCUGGACUAUCCGGUGGACUGCGACGACGAGUAUUGGGAGCAUGCGGACCCCACACAGCGGUUCCGCCAACCCGAAGGGAAGCCGCGCCAAUGGGCCUUUGCUCUUCUCUAUGUCAAAUUAAUGGAGAUCUUGGGCAAAGCCCAGAAAACCAUUUACAGCACCCAGCGAACACAGAAUGGCCAAGAGUGGACACAGGGAAUGGUCGUUGAGCUCGACUCAGCUCUGAACAACUGGAUGGACUCUAUCCCGGAAUAUCUCCGCUGGAACCCUCAGCUGGAACAGGAGCCUUUUGCCAGCCAGUCGGCUUGUCUCAUGGCCGGGUACUACCACGUGAUGGCUGCGAUCGUCGACUCUGCGAUUAUUCUGCUGAUCAACGUGUGGGGCUCGCGGCAGUCGGGGGGAAAGCAUCCUCUGAGCGCGGCACGAGUGGCGAAGGAUGUGCAGAAAUGCAUCAACGCUCUAAGAGUAUACGAAGAAAGAUGGCAGUAUGCCGGACGAUACUGCGACUACAUAUUCACAAUCGGGAACCAGUUCCUCAGUGGUCCUCUGAGCCAGGACGUCGAAACGAACAAUCUGAAGCGCCCACGGGGGGGUGAAGACGAUGGGACGCAGAGGGUAGGGGUUCCUCCUCAGGAAACAGCGGUGUACGAACAUGGGACACUUCCCAUGUCGACUGAAGAGUUAGGCACGCUGCCCAUCUACCAGUCCUUCGAUUGGGCGAGUCCGGUCAUCCAAGAUUCAGGGUUUGAGGUCCCAGGGUCGGAAGCUCGCAGUUUCUUGCCAUACCAGGCAGAGAGUGCAGAAGAUUGGUCCACGCGCGAUUGGUCUCAGUACAUAGACAUCGAGCUGUGGUUGCAGCAGAGUCUGUCUGAUGCGCAGUAGGAUCUGCGUCCGGCUCUAUGCUUGUUUGCAUAUGCUGCAUGGUCUGUUGUUAUUUCUGUUACAUUAUCAGAAUCGUUGUAAUCAUAAAAACGGAGUUCGAAGCUGAGCCUCUGUCAGACGGCUCAGCUCCAUUGCUACGCGU